CCUGUUGAGACAUGCCUCCUCCAACCCGACAGGUGGAUUUCUCGGCCGACAGGUUAGCUGGGUCGCUGUGAGUUUUCCGGGCUGUCUGGCCAUGUUCCAGAAGCAUUCUCUCCUGACGUUUCGCCCACAACCAUGGCAGGCAUCGUCAGAGGUUGUGGAUGGCCCUUGGCAUCAUAAAAUACUUCAUGAAAGCAAAAGGAAAAGCAGCUGCUUUUGGAAAUACAGAAGUCGCCGUGCAACUCGAUACGCACACAACGAGCCAGGGUGGCAGGCGCGCACAUGAAGGCGGUCCGACCGGUUUGUUCGGUUUCCAAAGUUCAGCUCCGGAUCCGGACUGUUCUCCAGAUAGAGACAUACAAAACCUGGCUGCUUCCUGCCUGGGGCAACCCUUUGUUGGGAGGUGUUAGGCAAGCGGGGUUGAUCUAUCCGUGGAAUGGUGCCCAGGGUGGGAGAAAGAUCUCUUGCCUGUUGGAGGCAAGUGUGGAUGUUGCCAUUGACCUCCUUGAUCAGCAUUGAAUAGCCUUGCAGAUUCAAAGCCUGGCUGCUUCCUGCCUGGGGCAAUCCUUUGUUGGGAGGUGUUAGGCAAGCGGGGUUGAUAUAGCCAUGGAAUGGUGUCCAGGGUGGGAGAAAGAACUCUUGUCUGUUGGAGGCAAGUGUGGAUGUUGCCAUUGACCUCCUUGAUCAGCAUUGAAUAGCCUUGCAGCUUCAAAACCUGGCUGCUUCCUGCCUGGGGGAAUCCUUUGUUGGGAGGUGUUAGGCAAGCAGGGGUUGAUCUAUCCGUGGAAUGGUGUCCAGGGUGGGAGAAAGAUCUCUUGCCUGUUGGAGGCAAGUGUGAAUGUUGCCAUUGACCUCCUUGAUCAGCAUUGAAUAGCCUUGCAGAUUCAAAGCCUGGCUGCUUCCUGCCUGGGGCAAUCCUUUGUUGGGAGGUGUUAGGCAAGCGGGGUUGAUCUAUCCGUGGAAUGGUGUCCAGGGUGGGAGAAAGAUCUCUUGCCUGUUGGAGGCAAGUGUGGAUGUUGCCAUUAACCUCCUUGAUCAGCAUUGAAUAGCCUUGCAGAUUCAAAGCCUGGCUGCUUCCUGCCUGGGGGAAUCCUUUGUUGGGAGGUGUUAGGCAAGCAGGGGUUGAUCUAUCCGUGGCAUGAUGUCCAGGGUGGGAAAAAGAACUCUUGCCUGUUGGAGACAAGUGUGAGUGUUGCAACUGGUCAGCUUGAAUAGCAUCAAAGAGCCUUGCAGCUUCAAAGCCUGGCUGCUUCCUGCCUGGUUGGGGGGUGGGGGGGGGGUGGAAUCCUUUGUUGGGAGGUGUUAGACACCUACUACGAGGCACCCAUAGAAAAUCACAUCAGCUGAGAGGGCAGGAUAUAAAGCAAAGUAAUUAAAAAUGAUUUAUUUUAUAGUGGAUUUUAUAGUGUUUUGUACAGAUGUUUGUUUGAUGUUGUUGUUUCUGUAUAUGCAUAUGACCAUUGGUCGGAGCAUUAAUAAAUUGAUUGAUUGAAUAAAAAUAAAUACAUUUCGAAAUAACUUUCCUUUCUAUUUUUAUGGAUGUAGGUGAACUACAACUCACCCAAAUCAAGGCGAAUUUCCCCCAAAGCCUUUGUAAAUCCGUCCUCAGGAGGAGCAACGCCAUGUCCAAAAGGCAUUCGGGCACUUUAGUCGGAGAGAAAGCGCUCCUUUUGGAGCACCAGCUGAGCUCGGAUUUGCACACCGGCAACAACAACAGUGCCGUAUGCGCUCAUGGAAACUACGGAUCCCUGGACAAUGCUGCCUUUGCAGCUGCGCCGCCAACUGGGCAGCCAAACGAGCCAACAACCGAGCCAACAACCGGGCCAACAACUGGGCCGCCAACCAGGUUGCCAACCGGGCCACCAACCGGGCCAACAACCGGGCCAACAACCGGGCCACACCGGAUCGUCCUCAGCACCGAAAGCCCGGCAGCGCUCAAGGUGGGCACCCAGCAGCUCAUCCCCAAGAGCCUGGCCGAAGGCACCAAGUCCAAACCCCCCGCGCGGCACCAGAGCUUCUCGGCCGCCGUCCUCAGCCACGAGGCCGCCCGGUAUGACCCCAAGCGCAUGUCGGCCCCCAGCAUUUCCAUCGACGACCUGGAAAUCGAGGGCUCGGGCGAAGGGACGCUGAAGCGCAACCUGCGCAACAUGUCGUACCGGGCCGCGAUGAAAGGCGUGGGGGACGGAGACGAAACCAAGCCCGGCGGCGGCCUGAAGCCUCUGCCGAGAGAAGCCGUGGCCCAAGGCGCUCGUAGUCCUGGGAGAAACAAGCGAACCUUUGGCCGGAAACGCAUGCAGCGGCACGGAGGCUCCUUCAAGGACGAUCCCCGCUUGUACCAGGAGAUCCGUGAAAAGGGCCUCUACUCCAUCAGCCACGAGUCGGACGACGACCUCCUCGACAUCCCCGAGGAGGCCCCGAGUUCGGACUCCAUUAUCGUGGUGAGCAACUAUCGCCCUGCGCACGUCACCUGGAGCCAGCUCCCAGAGGUCCAGGAAGCAGGAAUUCUGGAGUCGAUAUCUCAAGAGGAACGCAAAAGGCAAGAGGCCAUUUUUGAGAUCGUAACUUCAGAGUAUUCCUACAUGAGGAGCCUGGAGAUCCUGGUCAACCACUUCUUGAAGUCCGAGGGGCUGAAGGAGACCAUGACCCAGACGGACCACCACCACCUCUUCUCCAACAUCGGGGACAUCUUGGCGGUCAGCAAGAGCUUUUUCGAGGACUUGGAAAAGCGGCACCAGGAGAACGUCCUGAUCCCAGACAUCAGCGACAUUGUGGCGGCUCACGCCGGCGGCCGUUUCAACCCCUACGUCAUCUACUGCUCCAAUGAGGUCUACCAGCAGAGGACCCUUCAGAAGCUCUUAGCCACAAACCCAGCCUUUAAGGAGCUCUUGAAGCAGAUUGAGCAGAAACCAGAGUGUGGCAGCCUUCCUCUGAUCUCGUUCCUCAUCCUCCCCAUGCAGAGGGUCACCCGCCUGCCUCUGCUCAUGGAUACUGUUUGCCAGAAGACGCAAAUGUACACUCCAGCUUAUGAAGCUGCCACUCAAGCUCUGAAGGCCAUCAGUAAGCUUGUGAAGCAGUGCAAUGAAGGCGCCCACACCAUGGAGCGGACGGAGCAGAUGUGCACGUUGCAGAAGCAGCUGGCAUUUGGGAAAAUCAAGAACUUCCCGUUGAUUUCUGCAUCUCGGUGGCUGCUGAAAAGAGGGGAGCUCUCCUUGCUCCUGGCAGAAGACGGGGGGAUUUUCCGCAAGGGCUCCGGACGUGGGGCCUGCUAUCUCUUCGUCUUCAAUGACGUCCUGAUCAUCACCAAGAAAAAGAGCGAGGAGAGUUACACGGUCCUGAACUACGCCAUGAUGGACCAAAUCUCGGUGGAGAAAAUGGAAAACCCAGAUGCUCCUUCAUCUCCGUCGGGGAAGCCCAGCUCGAGCGGCAUCUCCCGUAACGUCCACUUGUUCCGGGUGGCCAUGAACAGGGACAGCGAAGGCAAGCAAGAGACAAUUGUGUUGGCGGCAGAAACCCUGAGCGACCGUGCCCGAUGGAUCAUGGCCCUGACGCACAGGGAAGACCAGAAGACGAGCGCUGCAAACAAAGGAGAUCUCAAGCAAGUGGAGAUUACUCGCCCAUUCAUGGCCAAGCAGACGGACGAGAUUUCCCUGCAGCAGGCAGAUGUCGUCUUGGUCCUGGCUAGAGAGGAAGGCUGGUACUUAGGGGAGCGUCUGCGGGACGGCGAGAAAGGCUGGUUUCCCCAAAGCUGUGCCCAAGAGAUCACCAACCGCAGCACCGUGGAGCGCAACGUGCAGCGCAUGGAGCGGUUGCGGAUCGAAACGGACGUAUAACGGACCUUCGUACACCGGAACACUUUGGGAUGUGAUGCAAGUCACCGGAGACUGAAAACUUGGGUCCUGACACUAAUGGGGUUGGAACGGAGCUACUCUCUCAAGAGGUGAAGACAUUGGUGCUAAGUGAGUAGCACCCCAAGAUUAAACCCAUCUUGACGGUUACCAGGACCUUUAUUUAGCAUCUGACCAUCCGGAUGGGCCUCGACUAGAAGAAUAUUUUGCUCUGAGGGUAUUGGGAUCUUGCAAUAUAGAGAGCCAUGUGCGCGGCACACGAUGUUAUGGGACUACAACACGGGCAAGAAGUCGUGUUGCAUAACGGAAUCUCCCAUCCGUUAUAACAAAUCCUGCCACACAACAAAACUAUGAGAAGAGAGAGCAGCCAUGCCUUUUCCGUCUCCUCUUUCCCGGCUUUUGCUCUUUGCACUAUCGUUGCACAACUGCAGAUUGCGAAACAGUGCCAUCAUGUUGCCUCCGGGUGCGUCCCAUAAAGGAAGCUGGCCAGUAGUUUUAUUGUUUCUUCGAGACUCGCCGAAUUGCCACAGCUGAGUCUCUCGUGGGUCUGUGAAUAGCACUAAACAAUCCCAAUCCCACUGGCAUGUUCCCGCAACCCCCAAGUGCCAUAUCUGCAUCAUAUGAUUAACAUGUUUAUAUUCUUUCGUCCACCGAAUUGCCACAGCCGAGUCUCUCAUGGGUCUGUGAAUAACACUAAGCGAUCCCAAUCCCACUGGCAUGUUCCCGCAACUGGCAAGUGCCAUAUUGUCAUUUUUUUGGCUCGUUCCUCGUCCACGGACUCCAGUGUCAGCACUUUGGAGUUGCUAGAUCCAUUCAAAGGAACACUCGGAGGUAUUUAAUGUGAAUCAACCCAGUUAAGAAAUAAAUGAGCAAUGAUUUCACAA